UAAUUUUUUAACAUUUGUGCUACAAAUGUGUUAGAAAUGCAUUAAAAUGUGUCUUGUUUAUAUAAAUGUAUUUAAUUUUACCAACAAGUAUAAUUAACAACAAGUUGUCAUUAAAAUUUAGUUGCAAUGCAUCUAAAGAUAACUGCGCUGAUCCAGCUCGUUGGAAUAUAUUUCAUGCUAGGAAGAUGUACAACAAGGCAUUAUUCAAAACACACAAAGCUACAAAAUGCAGUUAACAGAGACAUAAUUCCAACUUUGGCAGACUUGUUUAGCAAGAAAACAGAAAGUGGUACAGAAUAUGCAAUCUUGGGUUGUAAAGUUAUCAACUCUAUUGAUGGGUGCUUAUGGAGUUUUACACCUGAUGAAAAAUGUCAAGAUAACCUUUCACUUGACAAAGUUUAUAAUUUGUUGUUAAGCAAGUCUAAUGGUGGUAAUCACAACCUAGCAAACAUAAUAAAAGUAUUUCCAAUAGAAUCAUUUGUUGUAAAAAAGUUUGUUUUGUCAACCUGUGGUAAAGAUAAUGGUCUUGUCAAUUUUAUUUGCAAUUCAGUGAAGCCAUUUGAUAUCAUUGAAGAUAAGCUAAAGGCUGUCAAAGUUGAAUUAGAGAUUAACUUCAACUACAUUGAUUUUGCAAGUUCAUUUAGUUAUAGUGAUAUUGCAUUUACUAUUAAAGGAGAAGUUCAAAUUGGUACACAAUCUCUUAAUGUUGAGUUUAUUAAAGUAAAAAAUGUGUUGUCAGAAGUGUUUAAGUUAUCUUCAAAUGCUAUCAAGGCUGCUGACAUCUACAAAGUAUUUUCAGCCAAAAAAUUAACAGAUGAACAAAAUGAUCUAUUAAAAACUGGAGGUAUGUUUUCAAAUUUAGUUAUAGAGGAGACUUUAGUAACUGGUUCCCGAAAUGAAGAUGGAAGUUAUCAAAUGGUUAUUAAUGGUAAAGCAACUGGUAUUGCUGGGUUUAAUGAAAUUAAAUCAUUUAUUGUUAUUCAAAAACCAUACGAUAAACCAGCUGGUGUUGGAAUAAUUGUGUCAUUGAAAAAUGUUCAACCGCUUAAAAUUUUAUCACGCAUUAUUGGAAAAGAUCUCACUAGUAUUGAGAUUAUAAAAGAUGUUGAAGUUGAUCUUGUGGUGCAUUAUGCAAAUCAAGAUAUAACCGAACUUGGUAAUCAAGAGCUUGCAGACUUAAUGAAUCCAUUUUUAGAGAAUGGAAACAGCCUUGUUAAAGGAGCAGUAAUUUCAUUAACUAUUCCAAUUAAGGAUAUAUUGAAGAAGAUUGGAACAGCUUCUAAUAUAGAAGAAAUGUCAAAAUCCAUUUCAAUCCAAAUUCUUAUUAAAGAAGACAAAAUUUCUUUUAAGUUUUCAGAUGAUAUGUUUAACGAUGGGAUAAAAUUUUUAGCAGCAAUAGUUCCUAAAGCAGCUGAAAACCUUCAAAAAUAUAUUUUUAACGAUAAAAUUACUAUUAAAUUUGAAAUAUUUGAAGUAAAUAUUAAAACAAAAGAAGUAAACAUUGCUGUAUCUCUUGGAAAUAAUGUGCUUAUAAAAUUUAUCACCCUAAAAAAUGUUUAUUUUCAUAUUAUAUAUGAUAUGUCUGGUGAAUUUCAGUUCAAACUCAAUGCAGCAUUAGAAUUAUCUGGAGCUACAGCUGAAAUCAUUAUAGAAAAGAAAGGAAAAAAAUUUGAGUUAUCAGGAUCAGUUGCUUCUUUGACAUCUGACCAACUGUUAAAAACAUUUGGAACUAUAAAUCUUGUUGAAAAUGUUGAAAAGAAACCAAAAUUAAAUUUUGGAAUAUGUGAUCUUAAAGUUUCUGGUACAUUUGGCGAAGGUGUUCCACUUGAAAUACGUUUGAGUGGUAAUCCUGUUUUAUUUGAUUGGGAUGGAUUGAAGUUUGAAGGUUUUAUUAUGCAAGAAGGUAUAAAUAGCAAAAGAUAUAAGACUGAUUUAAAACCUCUUCAACAUAGUUCAAAAUCUUUUUUUAUGCAAAAUAUUACACAAACAAAAGAUUACCCAAUAUCAAAAAACUAUUAUAAUGGUUCUCUGCAAAAUGACAUUGAACCUAGCGAAAUAUAUUUUCUACAACAAGAAGAUGAAAAAAGAAGUAAUAUUAUUAAUGACAUUGAACCUAGCCAAAUAUUUUUUCCACAACAAGAAGAUGAAAAAAUAAGUAAUAUUAUUAAUGACAUUGAACCUAGCCAAAUAUUUUUUCCACAACAAGAAGAUGAAAAAAGAAGUAAUAUUGUUGAAAGGUCAGUAGAGAUGACUGGGUACCAAAUGGGUUUAGCAGUGUAUAUGAAAAACAUAAGGCUUGACCAUAUUGCAGGACAGCUUUCAAAACAGCUUGUGAGUGGAAUAGAUUGGAUGGUAAAUCUUAAUGUUGCCCUGGUUAUGUCUAAUACAAACCAAAAUAACUUUAAUACAGAAGAAAUUAAAAAGGUAGUUAAUGAUGUUAUGGUAGAUGAUUUUAAAAGAGGAGUAUACUUUUGUGGAGAGCUAAAGAUUCCAGAAGAUUGCAAACAGAACCAACUUUGUGAAUUUUCAAAGAAAAGAAUGAAUCCUGGAGCAAAGCUGUUUGUUACUGCUGGUUUUAAUGAUAAUGGUUUUAAAUUAAAAGCUGGUUACAAUGGAGGUUCUUUAGAACUAUUUAAAAACAAUGACAAAUCAAUAACUUUAAAUUCUGCUUAUUUUGACUUAUCUCUUGGAUUAAAUACUGAGUUUAUGUUAAAAGCAAAAUUAACUUUGGAUGUCCCAGAAACAUUAGUGUUUGAUGUUGGAAUUGGAUUCACAGGAUCUGGUGGUAUUAAAUUUACUUCAACAAUGAUUGGAAUGUGGACACCGUUUUCCUUUUUAUCAAUUGGUAAUACUGAAUUAGCUGUUGCUCUUCAACCACCACUAUUUAAUCCUACUGAGUUAGGAUUAACUGGUCAAGUAAACAUUGGGAAGAAAGGGAAAGAAAUUGUUGUUAAGGCUUCUGGAGGAAUAAAUCUGUUAAAUCCUAAAGAUUUUUAUAUUUAUGCAAGUAUCAAUAAAUUAACAUUUGCAGCAUGCAUCGAAGCUUUUGGUUUUGAUAUGAAACUUCCUCAAGUUAUUUUAGAUACUGGUUUUCCAAAUGGUCUUAUGAUUGGUGUUGCAAUGUUUCGUGAUGUUGAAAUUAAACAGCUAGGUAUAAAUGUUGCAAAAGGAUUAACUCUACAAGGAACUGUAAAUAUUCUUGGAUAUACUUUAAAGGCUGUUCUUAGAGUUGACCCAUACAAAAGUUUUGAGCUGGAUACUCAACUUUCUCCGAUAAAUCUAUUUGAUGAAGCUUUUGGUUUAUACUUAUCAAUGGAAGAUAAAACAAGAGGACCAAAAAUUUUUAUUCAUAUAUCUUCAUCAAUGGUAAAGUUUGAAAUAAGAGGAAGUAUAACAGUUCUUGGUAUAUCUGCUGAAGUUACUAUCAAGAUUGGAGAUGAAGGACUGCAUUUCAAUGUUGCCGGAAAAUUGUUUGGAUUAUUUGAGGCAAAUUUGACUGUAAAUGCACCUUAUAGUAGCAAAAUGUCAAUAAACACUGCUGGAUUUUCUGUUAAAUCGUGUCUGUCAGCAAAUAUGGGGGAUGCUUCUAAGGAAGCUGAUGCUGUUUUGAAGAAUACUGUUAAAGAUUCUUUAGAUGCUGAAUCCAAAUUAAUGUCCAAAAAAGAAAAUGCAUAUAGACGACUUGAUUUUAUUUCAAAGUCAUUUGAUAAACUUGAAGAGAAGUUAAAUAAUUUAAAGUCAAGUAUGACAUUAAGUGCACAAUCAUUAAAAGAUUAUGAAAAAGAGCUUAAUGCUGGUUGCAAAGGAUUUUUUGAUUUAUCCUGUCAAAAACGUUUAAUUGGAAUAAAAGUCAAGGUUAUAGUAAUAAAAGCAAAGCAAAUAUUUCGUGACAGAUUAUAUACAACUUUCGAAAAACUUCUCUUGGCAGCAAGAACUUUACUUAAUAAAGCUAAGUUAUUAUUUAAUCAAUUAGAAAGCGUUUAUAAUACAGCUAUAAAGGGUAUAAGUGCUGGUUUGGAAGCAGCAAAACAAAUUGGAGAGUUUAUUACAAAAAAUAUUAUUCAAAUUCAUUAUGCUUGUUUCGAAACAAGUCUUGAAAAAGCAGCAAUGAGAUGUUUUGGUUUAAAUUUAAAACUUACACUACUAGGGAAGGAUAAAACUGUAAACGUGCAAGCAUGUCUUGAUUUAAGUUUUACCAAAACAAUUGGUAGAGUUGUUACUAAUUUUUUAUAUCCUGGUGCUUCUGAUGUUAAUGAUCGAAUUAAAAAUUCAAUGGGUCAGAUGGAAAAUGUGGAACAAAGUCUUAAUCAGGUGGACAACAGUUAUAAAGAAACUGACUCUGAAGUUAAUUCCAAAAAUGGGGAUUUUAAUUCAGCAAUGAAAAAAGAUGAUGAUGACAAUAACAAAAAGCAUGAUAUAACUAAAAAAUGGACAAUGGCUGAGAUUCGUCAUCAAAUGUAUAGUGAUACCCCUACCUUUUUGGAUAGAAAUAUGUUUGAAUUUACAUACCCUGUUUCCACAAUGAACAAUGAAGAAAGAGCAGAAAUACCUCUUGAUGUUGAUUCUUUAUAUCAAGUUCUGUCUGAUGAGAAGGACAAGUGCUUGCAAAGAAAGACAUUAGCCAGUGGCUUUUUGCAAAUAUCAGACCAUAUUCAAACGAUGCAAAAAAGAAUAAAUAUUAAAAGAAAAUCAUUAAUGCACGCUAAAAAAUUGUUUGAUUACAAUAUGAAUGUAUUGGAAAAAUUUGCCAUUGAAAAAUGUAAGCUUGAGAAUUGUACAUCAGAUAUGAAUGAAGAAUUGCUCCAAUUUAUAGAAAAACAUAGAAAUGCACAUCUUGAUCACAUGAAAAAUUUAGAUCAUGAUUUAAGUCAAACUGAAAAAAGAUUUUUAACAAAAGCUCGCGAGUCAGUGGAACAUCAAGUACUGAAGAAAAACGAAACAAUAGAAACCUUUUUUGAAAUGUUGAAAAAUGCAAGCAAAAAUGUAACGAAAAACUCAGUUUUGAGAAAACAUUUCGAUACAGCAUAUAAAGUGCUGGUAAAAAAAUUUCUUGUUAACGAAAAAUCGAAUCACGACGUCAGGAUGUUGAAAAAAGUAAAAACUCAAAUGGCUGAAAUAAGAGAUCACAUACCAUGCGCUGCCUGAUUUAUUUUAUAUUAAAAAUAUUUUGUGUUUAUUUAAAACAUGCAUAAAUUAUAAAUUAUUUUUUAUAA